AUGGACGUCCUCGCUCAAAUCAAGGCUGACCACGACAACGUCAAGAGCUUGUUCGCCAAGUACAAGGCGGCGUCCGGCUCUGAGAAGACCACUCUCGCUCAGACCCUGAUCACCGAGAUCAAGGCGCACAGUGCGGCUGAGGAUGCGUCCAUCUACGCCGACUACGCCAAGUUCGGCCUGAACGCCGCCUCCAACAAACAGGAGCAUGCCGAGAUCAACAAGCUCGUCGCUGGUGCCUCCGCUUCUGACGACGCCGCUGUCACCAAGGCCGUCACCACCUUCAUCUCCCACUCCGACGAGGAGGAGUCUCAGCAAUGGCCCACCAUCAAGGCCAAGCUGUCCGCUGGUGAGAGCGACGCCCUCGCCAAGCAAUUCGUCAACGCGAAGAAGAGCGUUGCUUAA